CUUUUUUAACAUUAACCACAAUCACUACCUACUUCGUACCUACCUACCUUCCCAAUACAUACAUAAAUUUCACUGCUUUCAUUUUGAGCCAUCAUGGAAGGCAUUUCUCUAGACUCAACAGUUCUAGAGCAGCUUCAUGGGGAGCAGAAGGCCCUCUUAGAUGCUAUCGAUGACUUACGUAAACACGGAAUCGGUCGAUUCGUCGAUCUCCCCCAGAUCAUCGUCGUCGGGGACCAAUCCUCUGGAAAAAGCUCCGUGCUCGAAGCCAUCUCAAGAGUACGAUUUCCUGUCAACGAUGGACUCUGUACAAGAUUUGCAACAGAACUCGUUCUUCGCACCAAUAACCAAACAAAAGUUGAUGUUCGAAUUCAACCCUCUUCGACAUCUAAGGACGAGGAGCAUUCCUUUGAUGAGAAAUCCUUCAAUAAGGAAGAGCUACCUCGCAUCAUCGAGGAGGCUAAGAAAAAGAUGCUCAAGGGAGAUGCUGGCUUUUCAGAAGAUGUUCUGAGAAUUGAGAUAAGCAGUCCCGAUGUACCCCAUCUAACUAUGGUCGAUCUCCCUGGUUUCUAUCACUCCGAAGAUGAAAAUCAAUCUGCCGCUGGUCGAGAGAUUGUAGAACGCUUAGUCGAGCGCUAUAUGGCUCGCAAAAAUAGCAUCAUUUUGGCUAUUAUCUCGGCGCGCAACCAAGUCAUCUUGCAGAAAGUUUUGUCUAAAGUUAAGCACCACGACAAGAAAAAGCAGCGAACCCUUGGCAUCAUUACAAAACCGGAUAUUCUCACAUCUGGAUCCCUGGAUGAAACCAAUUUCGUUCGCCUGGCUAAAAAUCUAGAUAAAUCACACGUGUUAUCUCUGGGAUGGCACGUACUUCGCAAUAGAGGUGAAAAAGAGGUUUCGCACACUGAUAAGGAGCGAGAUGAUAAAGAGCGAGAGUUCUUCGAAUCAGGCGUCUGGUCCAGUGUACCGUCGAAGAACCGCGGAGUAGAAUCACUUCGAAAGAAGCUAAGCGGUAUCCUCUUGGGACAUAUCAAGGAUAACCUCCAUGGUCUAAUCCAGAGUAUCGAGGAACAGGUCAACGAGCACAAAGCUCGGCUCAAGCGCCUUGGCGACCCAAGGUCGACUGAAAAAGAAUUACGAACACAUCUCGACAGAAUCGCCUCCCAGUUUCAUAUCUUGUGCCUACAGGCAGUGGAAGGGAACUACGCUGAUCAGUUCUUCGGCGGCCUCUAUCCCAAGAACGAAGGAACUACGAUUGACGACAGCAGAAUUAGAAAGAUUCGUGCACUUAUUCGAGACCUGAAUCGGGCAUUCGCAUAUGUCCUAGAAACGAAAGGUUCCAGGCGUAUUAUCAUUCCUAAAAAAUCGACAACCGCACUAGAGAACUACAAGAGUCUUGAUAGUACUGGUGAGGUGGGCAUAAUCGCAACAGAUUUAUCAAAGGUUACUUUGCCCCCAUCUCCUCAACCCCUGGCCCCUUUCCUUCAACCACUAGUCAAUAAUUACACAAUUCAGAACCCAGAGAGAGUCACCUUCGAAAAUAUCGCGUCAGAUUUAGAAUCACUAUCAUCGGCAAAUCAAGGUAACGAAUUUCCUGGGACUUCGAACGAUCGUCUAGCCGUGAAACUUUUCCAGGACCAAGCCCAGCCAUGGGAAGCAAUCGCACGUUGUCAUAUUCAACUUGUGCUUCAAACGACCAAAGCAUUCGUCGAAAAGCUUAUGAAACAUAUCGUGGAUCCAGACGAGCGGACUUUCUCCGCAAUCCUCUCUAAUAUAGUAGACCCCUUCUUUGAUGAGAAGUCUGUAAUCCUUGAAAAGAAGUUACAGGAACUUCUGUUCCAUUAUAAGAGUGGUUAUCCGCAGCCUCUAGAUAGCGAGUUCCGAGGCAUGCUUGCAAGAAGAAACGAGAAGAAUCAUAAGGUAGAUGCGAUCCAGGACUUACUCGAAAACCAGCCGGAAUUAUUCACGAAGGAAGCGUACACAAAACUCAAAGCAAUAUCAAUACCGAAACCCACAAGCGAAUUCGGCGUGGAUGGGUUAAUUGAUAAGUCCGAGACGUACUAUGAAAUGUCACUUCGUACCUUCAUCGAUAACGUGAUUGUCUUAGCUGUUGAGAACCUCCUCAUCAGAGCCCUGCCGACAAUAUUUACCUCCGAGAGGGUCAAUCAGAUGGAGGAUGACGAGCUUGGACGGCUAGCAUCAGAGUCGCCUGAAAUCAAUAUUGAGCGAAAGGAGUUGCAAGAAGAAUACGACGCCCUCAUGAAAGGGUUGCAAAUCUGCAACAAGUUCAAAGAGCGUAAGGCGGCAGAGUCUUUCUCAAUAGGAUUAGAAGCACCUCUAGAAACCCGACACGACGACGCGUUGUUCUCUGUUCCACAACUAUCACUUGGUAGAGUUUUUCAAUAUGGCAAGUAUGCUUCUAGCCAAGACCGGGUCCCGCCCGAAGCUCAAACCCCUUCGGGACUAUUUAGUACCCCAAAGUCCGGCGCUCAGGCGCCUCCCGGAACUAAACAGCACGAAGGACUAUUUAGUACCCCAGCCUCGAGCUCUCAGGUGCCUCACAAAGCUCAACAACAUGAAGGACUGUUUAGUCGCAGUUCUCAAUCGUCUUCGACCACCACCCAGCCCUCUCCGUUCUCGUUCAAUGAGCCCGCAUCAAAAGUUUCCUCUGGGGGCCUCUUUGGAUCAGCUUCCCUAGGGACGAAUAAUUCAUCGGCCUCGACGGGGAUAUUUGGGAAUCCGAAGAAACCCUCGAAGCAAGGUAGUUCAUUGUUCAGCGAAUUGAGCAAGUCACCAGGACAAUCAUCCACGCCGGUCGUUUGGGGGUCCGUUUCCAACAAACAAAAUGCGACGCCGUCUUCUUCAAACACAUGAUCAGAUUAUAGCCCCAUGCCGAAUAAGUACGUUACUAGGGUCGAACCUUUCCGCCUAAGAGAAAAUACAACGUCUUCGCACUGCGACGUUUUCCAGCAUAUAUGUUUUCAGGGAGCGUAUAAAGCCUAUUCACCUGAAGAGUUAAGACUGCUGGCAUCUGCUACUGAUACGAUAAAGAUACUUUAGAUAAGGAAUUCCCAUCAUGCAGUGCUAGGUAACUACAAUAAUACCUAGUAUUUCUUGUGAAAAAGGUUUUGCUACCACCUCGAAAUAACCCACAAGAGUGAUGCGUUGACAACAUCUUUGCUAAUCUCGAUAACUAGAUGGAUUGACGUCGAAAGAGUUUCAUUAAGUUGUGAGCAGAAUAAUUAUGUGAUCCCAAAUUGGAGUGCUGUAGAUCUUUC